CUGCACUACGGGACCCUCAUGGGCAGCAGAGCUUGUGUCAAAAUGGCAGCAGCUGCCUGGGCCAGUGGUUUUCUCUAUGCUCUCCUGCACACUGCGAACACCUUUUCAAUACCACUCUGCCAAGGCAACACAGUGGACCAGUUCUUCUGUGAGGUUCCCCAGAUCCUCAAGCUCUCCUGCUCAGACGCCUACCUCAGGGAAGUGGGGCUUAAUGUGGUUAGUGGCUGUUUAGUCUUUGGGUGUUUCAUUUUCAUUGUGGUGUCCUACGUGCAGAUCUUCACUGCUGUGCUGAGGAUCCCCUCUGAGCAGGGCCGGCACAAAGCCUUUUCCAUGUGCCUCCCGCACCUGGCUGUGGUCUCUCUGUUUGUCAGCACUGUCAUGACUGCCUACCUGAAGCCUCCCUCCAUCUCCUCGCCAGCUCUGGAUCUGGUGGUGACUGUUUUGUACUCAGUGGUACCUCCAGCUCUGAACCCCCUCAUCUACAGCAUGAGGAACAAGGAGCUGAAGGAUGCCCUGAGGAAAGCCCCCGAGGCCUUUGGCAGCAUCUAUGUUAGCAAAGCCUCACCCAUGGCAGAGGACGAUGCAGCUGGGGAGGACUUUUGUCCAGUGGGCACACACAAGUCCAUGGGACCAGACGGGAAGCACCCCAGGGUGCAGCGAGAAGUGGCUGGAGUCAUUGCAACACUGCUCUUGAUCAUCUUUUAA